UUAUGUUUGUAUGAAAUCUUAUUUCAGUAGAUGGAAAUUUUAAUUUUUUUUCCUUCAUAUUUCAGGGUUUGGGGUGGGGAUAUUUUCAUCUUAGAGGUAGUUUAUUAGACUCAUAAAUCACAUGCUGAAUGAAUUCCAUUAUUGAUCCUUGACAUACCAUGUAUAUAUUUACUUGAUGUGUACUGCACAAUUCUGAACACUGUGCGGUUACUUCCUUGACUGUUUCUGAUAUAAUUCUGGGAGGUGCCAGGGGCAUUGACUCCCACUAUCUAUUUUGCUAUCCCUAUCAUUCAGUAACCUGUCCCUUCAUCUUGUACUCACAGUGGAAUUCUCAGCCUAAGCAUAGAACCUUUGAGGGAUGUGUCCUACCAUUCUUCCCAGGAAUGUGUAAGUGAACACUCGGUUAUUAGGUCCCUAUGCAAUUAUGUUUUCUAAAUAGAUUAACCAGUGAGGAUUCCAGGCAUAUUCAUCUGUUCAAAUCAAGAUUGGUUCUCUUGAUGCCAAAGGUUAGCAGCAACAGGAAAUAGCUUCUAUUUCGGUAACAUUACUAACAUGGUACACAUUGCUUACUAUGUUGCCUAGGAGCUUCCAGUGCAGAACAGAGAUGUGGUCUGUUCUCAGUGCAUGCACAGACUCCAAGGAUGAGAGGAUGUCAUUUGGCAGAAGCAGCUACCUGAGGGAGAUGACCAAACAAGGAUGUGAAGAACGCUAGCUUUGGCCAAAGCUGAUUUGAAGAUCUAAUGAAAAACCGGGGGAGGUGGCUGUUGACCAGGAAAGCAUCUUGGGACAGGAUAAACAGGCACACUCAAAAAGGCUCUCCUAACUUCUGAUUAUGUCCAAAGUUUUCUUUUAACAUGAAAAUGAAGUCUGUAUUAGACUGGGGAGUUUACACAUGGCUGGGAUGGAAGAUAGCACAAACAUUAAGGCCUUGUUUCUGUUUAGAGGUCCCUUUGCGCACAAGCUUUUGAGUUAGAAGAAGGCAAGAUGGCAGUGUCACUGUCUUUUCCUUUCAUAGAUAAUGUCUUUGUGUUGGAUGGCACUGACCUUGUGGCUAGCAUCACAUAUGAAAUAGCUAUUAUUCUUUGAGCAACUACUAUGCUCCAGGCAAUGUAUACGGCCUUCAUUUAAUCCUCAUAGCAGCCCUCUGGGGUAGGUAUUAUCUCAGUUUCCAGAUGUGGAAACAAAGGCUUAGAGGAACAAAUAAGCCACCUUUUGUCCACGGCAGUAAGACCACAGUGCCCCUACUCUUCGUUCCUAAAGAAAAUGCUAUAUUUUGACUCCAGUAUUAUUUUCCUGUUUUCCUUCUAGUGAAAAGUAGUUGAUCAGUUAUGUCUCAUAAGCUUAACUCUCGCUUGUUUUCUGUCUCAUUAAAUGGCAAUUUAUUGGAGGUAGAGCUCUGUAAAUGGGAUAGUGUGUGUUUCUGUUUGCCUGAAGAUAAGAAAAGGGAAAGGGCUACUUCUGAAAAGUGAAUUAUUUAGCUUAAAAUUGAGCAGUGUCCCUAAAACAUGAGUCAACGGCAGGAGGGUAUGGAUCAGCCAGACCAGGAACCAUAGGCUUAAUUAUUAGCUAAUGGGGAGUCAAGGGAAGAACAGCCACCCGCUGCCCCUGUCACCUCCCCAUAAGUCUUAUUUGCCUACAAUUUUAUUCUCCCCGUGCUGUGAUCCUGUGAGAGGAGCAUUAGUGAAAGAGUGAAGAGACAAAGUGGAAAAUGUGGGAGAUCAGCCUACAUCCGCACCCUGCUUCUGAUAAAAAGUCAGCCUCUUUGAGAUCUGGUAAAAGCAUACUAACAGGGUUCUAAGGAUUACCAUAAUGUGCAUAAAGAUUCUAGCACAGUGUCUUCACCUAGAAGAAUGAAUUAGUGGCAGCAGCAGUUAUUAAUGUGAUGUUAGUCUGUGUCACAAAUGAUGUUGCACUAGGGGUGACAGAAUGGGGGCGGGGGUGCCGAUGCAAGAGGAGAUAGUUUUCAGAGGAGUGCGUACUCAGGAGGGACUACUCUGGCUCCACCAACCUUCAGGCUUCCACAGGAAACUUGGGUCCUGGGCAUCUAGGCUCUCCUAGGGCCCCUGGAUUUCUUUUACUUCUGAAAGUUGACAAACAGCUGUUCUGCUGGUGCUGCCAACUCAUGGAGAGCUGGGAAGCUCCAUGAACUUCACGAGCUAUUGCCAUAAAUUAGAAGAGAUAGAGGAGGACUUCUCUUUGUAAGGCACUAUAGUUGUGUUUUUCUUUUCUUUUUUUUUUUCAUUGCAUUUUAGGUUUUGGGGUACAUGUGAAGAACAUGCAAGAUAGUUGCAUAGGUACACACGAACUCAUCGUUUUUGAUGGCUGCAUAAUAUUCCAUGGUGUGUAUGUGCCACAUUUUCCCUGUCCAGUCUAUCAUCGAUGGGCAUUUGGGUUCAGGUCUUUGCUAUUGUAAAUAGUGCUGCAAUGAACAUUCGUGUGCAUGUGUCCUUAUAGUAGAACGAUUUAUAGUCCUUUGGAUAUAUACCCAGUAAUGGGAUUGCUGGGUCAAAUGGAAUUUCUAUUUCUAGGUCCUUGAGGAAUCGCCACACUGUCUUCCACAAUGGUUGAUCUAAUUUACACUCCCAUCAGCAGUAUAAAAGUGUUCCUAUUUCUCCACAUCCUCUCCAGCAUCUGUUGUCUCCAGAUUUUUUAAUGAUCGCCAUUCUAACUGGCGUGAGAUGGUAUCUCAAUGUAGUUUUGAUUUGCAUUUCUCUAAUGACCAGUGAUGAUGAGCAUUUUUUCAUGUUUGUUGGCAUCACGUAUGUCCUCUUUUGUAAAGUGUCUGUUUAUAUCCUUUGCCCACUUUUAAAUGGGCUUGUUUUUUUCUUGUAAAUCUGUUUUAGUUCUUUGUAAAUUCUGGAUAUCAUCAGCCCUUUGUCGGGUAAACUGCAAAAAUUUUUUCCCGUUCUGGAAUGGGGAAAGGAUUCCCUGUUUAAUAAAUGGUGUUGGGAAAACUGGCUAGCUAUGUGCAGAAAGCAGAAACUAGACCCCUUCCUGACACCUUACACUAAAAUUAACUCCAGAUGGAUUAAAGACUUAAACAUGGCCGGGCGCGGUGGCUCACACCUGUAAUUCCAGCACUUUGGAAAGCCUAGCGGGUGGAUCACGAGGUCAAGAGAUUAAGACCAUCCUGGUCAACAUGGUGAAACCCGUCUCUACUAAAAAUACAAAAAAUUAGCUGGGCAUGGUGGCGCGUGCCUGUAAUCCCAGCUACUCAGGAGGCUGAGGCAGGAGAAUUGCCUGAACCCAGGAGGCAGAGGUUGCAGUGAGCCAAGAUCGCGCCAUUGCACUCUAGCCUGGGUAACAAGAGCAAAACUCCAUCUCAAAAAAAGAAAAAGAUUUAAACGUAAGACCUAACACCAUAAAAACCCUAGAAGAAAAUCUAGGCAAAACCAUUCAGGACAUAGAAAUAGGCAAGGACUUCAUGACCAAACACCAAAAGCAUAGGCAACAAAAGCCAAAAUAGACAAAUGGGACCUAAUCAAACUCCACAGCUUCUGCACGGCAAAAGAAACAGUCAUUAGAGUGAAUUGGCAACCAACAGAAUAGUUGUGUUUUUUAUUCAGUCCUUAUAGCAGCCCCAGCAGAGGUUGCGCCUGGCCCAUUUCUCCCCAAGCACUCACCAUUCUGCUAUAUACCCACAGAAUCCUGUUGCAAGAACCUGAGACUCUUCGCCUGACUCUUGGUUUGUGUUGAUACAAGCUGGGAGUGCCAGAGAAUUAGUGCCCCUGGGGCAGCUCUCAGCCAGUGGAAGUGGUAAGAUAAAUACCCCAGCUUCCUCACUGAAUGAGAGACAACUCUAAGGCACAUUCUACCUGUCAGUGUUCCCUGUGGGAGUGAACCUCUUUAAGCUCCUAGUAACGUUACCUAUACUUUGUUGACUUCUUUCUCUUCCUACCUGACUUCCAGCUCCUCUUCCGUGUUUUCUGGAUCAGGACUGGGAACUAGGGUGAGGAGCCUUUUUCUUGGGUUCAUCUAAGUGCAAGGCUGGCACCUGUGUGAACCUGAGAGGGUCUCUUUACUUUCUGUACCCUAGGCAUGUCACUUGCAUUGCCCUAAUCCUGGCCCUGUCUUGGAUCACUUCCUGAAUAAAGUUAUUUGCAUUCGAAUUAGGUCUGCUUCUGGGGGGAUGUAAUGUAAAGCAAAUCCUAUGAAGAAAUUAGUCUCCAUGUUUUAUACAAGGAAAACCGAGGCUCAGAGAAGUGAAGAGAUUUUCCUAAGAUCAUUCAGUUGGUAAUGGAAUGAGAUUUUGAACCCAGGUCUGCCCGGCCCCACAGCUGAAGCUCUCUGUACUAUACCACACUACUUCCUACUUUCCAUUUCGGUCACAAAACUAAUGACUCAAGAGAAAUUUCAGGUUUGGAUCAGCUCAGUUUUGCCUGUGAGGCAGGGUAGCUGUGGCCUAAAGUUGUUAACAGAUGGGAAUUUGGGGAGGGGAAGGCAGGUAGUAAGUGGAUGACAGGGUUGGUAGUUGUCAGUGGAAAGAUGGAUGAGUGAAAGACUGCUGAAACCAUGUGCACCAGGAAGAUAGUACUUAUUUCCUCUCCAUUUCAAAAGCCCUGGAGUGUUUUUUUGAGAGUCUUGCUCUUGUAACCCAGGCUGGAGUGCAGUGGCGUGAUCUUGGCUCACUGCCACCCCUGCCUCUCAGAUUCAAGCGAUUCUCCUGCCUCAGCCUCCCAAGUAGCUGGGAUUACAGGUGCACACCACCACACCUAGCUAAUUUUUGUAUUUUUAGAAGAGAUGGGGUUUCACCAUGUUGCCCAGGCUGGUCUUGAACUCCUGACCUCAAGUGAUCCACCUGCCUCGGCCUCCCAGAGUGCUGAGAUUACAGGAUUGAGCCACCACACUCAGCCAGCCCUGGACUGUUGAAGUUUUGGGAAGGCUCUUCAAUUUAACAAAAAUUAACUGAGAUUUGUUCCUUACCAGAUAUAGAACUGCGCUCUGAGGCUGCACAGGUGAAUAAGAAACCUUCUCUGGGAGCCCACAGUACAAUGGGGAAGAUGGACACAUAGCAGAUGCCUUUAAUAAACAGAUAUAAAUGCAGUGAUACAAGAACAUCCAAGAUAAUACAGAAUCAAUAAGCAGACCACACUCAAAUGGGGUCAGGGCCAGGAGAAGCUUUUCAGGGAGGGCUCCCCCUUGACUAUAAUUUAAGGGAUGAGGAAAAAUUAGGUGAAAAGGUGGGAGAGGCCAAAGCAAGGGCCAUUCCAGACACAUCACCACAAAGACACGAUAGUUAGAAGUAGCUUGAUGUGUGUAGCAGAGCUGCAAGGCACAUCCAUGGUAUAAAAGGUGUGGAGCAAAUUGUGGGGGAGCUUAUUGAGGAUCUGUGUGCCUGGCUGUGGGCACUGUGGGUGGUGAGAAGCAAGCCUGUGAGCAAGCUCAGAGGGAAGGCCUGACCUCCCAGCCCAUCGGCAGUGCUCUGGUUGUGCCCAGCUCUCCCCCAGUGAACUGCCUUUCCUCAUUCCUUAGCUCCAUCUGUACAGUUGAAGAUUGGCACUAAGGGGCUAUGAGGGAACUUUGUCAGUACUUGUCCUUCCCUUUGAUGGUCAGUGGCCAUCUGGUUUCUGAAGAGAACCACUGGCAGCUGCAGUGUCUCUGCUACAGCCAGGCUGUCCCAGCUGCUCACAGAACUCAAGCUCAGCCGUCCUCCCUCCACUGACCUUGACCCAGACUUUCCCUGGCAUUAUGACUAAGGAACCAGGACCCCUGCUUCUGGGGUCUGGAUACAGACCUUCCAGAAACAGAUUUCUGGAGCCCUGGCAAUGCUUGUUAGGGGCAUAUCCUCACCCUGGCUCAAGAAAUUGCAGGUUGUCAGCAUGAAUCACAGCUGGGCCUUUCAUAUUCAGUUCCAAAUUCUCCUCUCCCAACUGAACAAAGUUGAGAGGGACUGGGAUCCCAGGCUAGGCAGGAUGCUAUGUUGUGGGUGACAGGCAUUCUACCCUCCACCGCCCAUCCCCCACUUCCCUGUCUUUCACAGCCUGUGUGCCUGGUUGGUACCCAGUAAACAGCACAGCAGGACCGAUGUUUGGCAUGUUUCCUCAUGCCACAACUGAUGGAGGAGCUACUGUCCCUUGUCUCCAUCCUGAUGUGGAGGCCUUGUACUAUCUGGGGAUAAUGAUAAGGUUACUGCUGAUGAGGCAGCCUGAAGCUUUAAAGUGUGUAUCCACCAAUUUGCCUUCAGCAAAGAUUGUUGCAGGCUGUCUGGUAUCCUAUAUUGGUGCUCCAAGGUUCUGUGACUUUGAGGAGAAAUUUCUGCAGAAAAAGAGCUUGGCCAAUAGCUCCAUAACAGCCUAAGAUUCCCCUUCUCCUUCUGUAGAGAAGACCUGCCAUGUGAACCUACUCUCCCUGCUUGGCCUACAGAUGAAAGGCUAGACUCCACAGUCUGUCACCUCAUCUGUCACCUCUUCCACCAAGUAUCCCCACCUUCAUGUAUCCUCUUCAGGCACCUGGAGCUGCACCUCAUUCCAUGAAGGCACCUGUGUGUGUGUGAUUCAUGGUUUUAUAUGUGCUCUCCACUUUGUCAAGGACCACUUCUGUCAGCAUACUGCCAUUCUUUCUUCAAGGCUCAGCUUCCUCAGCUAGCCCUGUCCACUCUUGGGCAGAGUCAGCUGCUUUCUGUUUUGCUUCCACAUUGCCUCUUGCUCAGAAAUACUUACCAUAACUUUCCUGGGCUAGGCACCUCCAGCUCCUUCCAGGGGUGAGCCACCACCUCAAAACUCAUUUUAUUUACAAAAUGCUGAGAGCCCUCAGCAUUGUAGAAGGAACGUCCCACAAUCUUAGACUCAGACCAAGGCUUGACUUUGCUGUGGUCAUCUUGCAAGUUUUCACCACAGCCUUGCCUAGCCUGGCUACUCUUAGGGCAGGCUUGGAAGGAAGUACAGCUUCCUGAAUUAACUGAUGUUUGGUAAGUGGUGGAGGAAAAGGGUGGGGUUUGAGGAUAACUCGGGUCACCUGAGUGUCACUUUUUGGUACAGUGUCACUUUUGGGUACAUUGGGGUGCCUCACAUUGCCAGAGAAGAGCUCAGACCUGAGGAGAGUGACCAGCUUCUGUGUGUUCCAGGUGGCCAGCCUCCACUGUGGAAGUUCAUGGACUCCAUUGGGUCUGAAGGGUUGCAGCAGGGUGAAGAAGCCCUGAGUUGCCCUGAGGAGGGCUUGCCCCGGCCCUCAGACAGCUCAGAGCUGGUGCAGGACUGCCUGCAGCAGUUCAAGGUAACAGUGGCACAGCUGCAGCAGAUCCAAGCCAGCCUCUUGGGUUCCAUGGAGCAGGCACUGAGGGGACAGGCCAGCCCUUUCCCUGUGGUCCGGAUGCUGCCUACAUAUGUGGGGUCCACCCCACAUGGCACUGAGCAAGGAGACUUCGUGGUGCUGGAGUUGGGGGCCACAGGGGCCUCACUGCGUGUUUUAUGGGUGACUCUAACCGGCAUUGAGGGGCAUAGGGUGGAGCCCAGGAGCCAGGAGUUUGUGAUCCCCCAAGACGUGAUGCUGGGUGCCGGCCAGCAGCUCUUUGACUUUGCUGCCCACUGCCUGUCUGAGUUCCUGGAUGCUCAGCCUGUGAGCAAACAAUGUCUGCAGCUUGGCUUCAGCUUCUCUUUCCCUUGUCACCAGACAGGCUUGGACAGGAGCACCCUCAUUUCCUGGACCAAAGGUUUUAGGUGCAGUGGUGUGGAAGGCCAGGAUGUGGUCCAGCUGCUGAGAGAUGCCAUUCAGAGGCAGGGGGCCUACAACAUCGACGUGGUUGCCGUGGUGAACGACACAGUGGGUACCAUGAUGGGCUGUGAGCUGGGGGCCAGGCCGUGUGAGGUUGGGCUUGUUGUAGACACAGGCACCAACGUGUGUUACAUGGAGGAGGCGCGGCACGUGGCAGUGCUGGAUGAAGACCGGGGCCGCGUCUGCGUCAGCGUCGAAUGGGGCUCCUUCAGCGAUGAUGGGGCACUGGGGCCAGUGCUAACCACCUUCGACCACACCCUGGACCAUGAGUCCCUGAAUCCUGGUGCUCAGAGGUUUGAGAAGAUGAUUGGGGGCCUGUACCUGGGUGAGCUGGUGCGGCUGGUGCUGGCUCACUUGACCCGACGUGGGGUCCUCUUCCGUGGCUGCCCCUCCCCUGCCCUGCUGAGCCAAGGCAGCAUCCUCCUGGAGCACGUGGCUGAGAUGGAGGACCCCUCUGCUGGGGCAGCCCGUGUCCAUGCUAUCCUGCAGGACUUGGGCCUGAGCCCUGAGGCUUCGGAUGUUGAGCUCGUGCAGCGCGUGUGUGCAGCUGUGUGCAUGCGGGCUGCCCAGCUCUGUGCUGCUGCCCUUGCCGCUGUUCUUUCCCGCCUCCAGCACAGCCGUGAGCAACAAACACUCCAGGUCACUGUGGCCACUGGAGGCCGAGUGUGUGAGCGGCACCCCAGGUUUUGCAGCAUUCUGCAGGGGACAGUGAUGCUCCUGGCCCCAGAGUGCGAUGUCUCCUUCAUCCCCUCUGCGGAUAUGGGUGGCCGGGGAGUAGCAAUGGUGACUGCUGUGGCUGCUCGACUGGCCGCCCACUGGCGCCUGCUGGAAGAGACCCUGGCCCCAUUCCGGUUGAACCACGAUCAACUGGCGGCAGUUCAGGCACAGAUGCGGGAGGCCAUGGCCAAGGGGCUCCGAGGGGAGGCAUCCUCCCUCCGCAUGCUGCCCACUUACGUCAGGGCCACACCUGAUGGCAGCGAACGAGGGGAUUUCCUGGCUCUGGACCUCGGGGGCACAAACUUCCGUGUCCUCCUGGUACGUGUGACCACAUGUGUGCAGAUCACCAGUCAGAUCUACUCCAUCCCUGAGAGUGUGGCCCAGGGUUCUGGGCAGCAGCUCUUUGACCACAUUGUGGACUGCAUCGUGGACUUCCAGCAGAAGCAGGGCCUCAGUGGGCAGAGCCUACCCCUGGGUUUUACCUUCUCCUUCCCAUGUAGGCAGCUUGGCCUGGAUCAGGGCAUCCUCCUGAACUGGACCAAGGGUUUCAACGCAUCAGACUGUGAGGGCCAAGAUGUUGUGAGUCUGUUGCGGGAAGCCAUCAUGCGCAGACAGGCAGUGGAGCUGAAUGUGGUUGCUAUUGUCAAUGACACGGUGGGGACCAUGAUGUCCUGUGGCUAUGAGGACCCCCAUUGCGAGAUAGGCCUCAUUGUCGGAACUGGCACCAAUGCUUGCUACAUGGAGGAGCUCCGGAAUGUGGCAGGAGUGCCUGGGGACUCAGGCCACAUGUGCAUCAACAUGGAGUGGGGUGCCUUUGGGGAUGAUGGCUCUCUGGACACGCUCAGCACCUGCUUUGACACAAGUGUGGACCAGGCGUCCAUCAACCCUGGCAAGCAGAGGUUUGAAAAGAUGAUCAGCGGCAUGUACCUGGGGGAGAUCGUCCGCCAUAUCCUUUUACAUUUAACCAGCCUUGGCGUUCUUUUCCGGGGCCAGCAGACCCAGUGCCUUCAGACCAGGGACAUCUUCAAGACCAAGUUCCUCUCUGAGAUCGAAAGCGACAGCCUGGCCCUGCGGCAGGUCCGAGCCAUCCUAGAGGACCUGGGGCUGCCCCUGACCUCAGACGAUGCCCUGAUGGUGCUAGAGGUCUGCCAGGCCGUGUCCCAGCGGGCUGCCCAGCUCUGCGGGGCGGGUGUAGCUGCUGUGGUGGAGAAAAUCCGGGAGAACCGGGGCCUGGAAGAGCUGGCAGUGUCCGUGGGGGUGGAUGGAACACUCUACAAGCUGCACCCACACUUCUCCAGCCUGGUUGCGGCCACGGUGCGGGAGCUGGCCCCUCGCUGUGCAGUCACGUUCCUGCAGUCAGAGGAUGGGUCUGGCAAAGGUGCGGCUUUGGUCACUGCUGUUGCCUGCCGCCUAGCACAGUCGACUCAUAUCUGAGGAAGUCUCCAGGCUGAGGAGGUCUCAGCUCCAGCCUUGCUGGACCCGGGCUGGAAUCCGCCUGUCUCCCAGCCAGGCCCAGCCACCCAGACUCCUGGGACAUCCCACGUGUGACCCCUCUGUGGCCAUUUGGCCUUGCUCCCUGGCUUUCCCCGAGAGAAGUAGCACUCAGGUUAGCAAUAUAUAUAUAUAAUUUAUUUACA